AUGCCCGGGUUCACCUGCUGUGUGCCUGGGUGCUACAACAACUCGCAUCGGGACCGGGACCUGCGCUUCUACACAUUUCCUAAAGAAACCACGCUGAGGGAGCUGUGGCUACGGAACAUCUCCCGAGCCGGGGUGAGCGGCUGCUUCAGCACCUUCCAGCCCACCACAGGACACCGGGUCUGCAGCGUGCACUUCGCAGGCGGGAGGAAGACCUACACCAUACGAGUACCGUCCCUCUUCCCUCUGCGCGGGGUGAACGAGCGCCGCAGUCGGCGGGGAAGAGGCAGGAAAGUGGCCGCGGCGGUUCCUGCUCCCGCCGCCGCAGCGACCUCCGGGAUCGUGCUCACCGGAGUCCUGGACGGCGCGGCCGUGGGAGCCGAGGGAACCGCCGGCGGGGAGGCGAGCGAGGACGGCAUCACCGUAGUUCAGAUCGGCCAAAACGGCGAGUACCUGGGCACGGCGCGGCUGCCCGCCCAGUCCGAGGGGAACUGCUUCCACCCCGCCGUCACCGAGGAACUCACGGCCGACGAUUCAUCGGUGGAGACCGUGUCCACCGUGCAGUACGUCAGCGUGACCAGCAGCCCGCUGGACCACUCGUACUCCCUGACCACCGGCACCACGUCGGCCGAGCUGCUGCGGAAACUGAACGAGCAGCGGGACAUCAUCGCGCUGAUGGAGGUGAAGAUGAAGGAGAUGAAGGCGACCAUCCGCCAGCUGCGGGUAGCCGAGGCCAAGCUGCAGGAGGAGGUGCGGGAACGGGACCGGCUGCUGUACGGGAACUCUGUGGCGUUUGGCGUCCGGAAGAAGGUGUGAUGGGCGCAUGCACACACCCGAGGCGAACCCGUUAGACCUGGACUGACGGGAGAGGACUCCGAGGAGUGUGAAGGCAGCAGAUGCAGACGUAUGACCAUGUAUUUUCAAAGAAGCAGAGCUGCGGCCAAGAGAAAUGAUCCGGCUAAUUUAUGUAGCGCAGACUGUAAUGAUAACUACAUCAUUGCAAAGUACUUAGGAACACGCACAGUCCAAUAUUGACAUAAAGCUAAAACAGGAUCACAUUUUAAUUCAUUAACAAAGACCAAGAUCUCACAGACUUACUCACUUCUGACUGGAUUGAAUGAGGAAUAUGCUCAAAACUGCCUAGUUGCGUAGUACGUUUAUGUCUUUUAGAUUUCUCUAAUAUUGUGUAUUUCCUUGCUUGUGAAUUUCAAUUAGGAGCAUAUUAGGAGGCAAGAAGAGUCUCCCUGUAGAUUUACAGCGGUAAAGUAUGCCAAGAUUAAGCAUUUAAAGGAUUUUUUGAACGAAAACACUAUUUGCCUUCAAAGCGUCCUGUUGUUUUCCAUAUAUUUGUGUUGCUAAUGACAUUUAAUUAACAGACAAUAUAAUUAAAGGAACUCCUUUGAACUUGAAGGGGCUCUCAGAAUAUUUAAUCCCAUCAAAUGUUUUUUAAGACAUGUAUUAAGCUUUAUUUGCCUUUAAUUUACUCUUGGUAUUUUUUAGAAAAACACAAGUUCAAAGAAAAACGUUUUCCGAACAUGCUUUUAUGCAACUUGAACAUGUCCUUAGGCCCCUGAGGUUGCUUUGUGAAACAGAACCAUCCUGUUUCAGUGAUACUUGUUUGACUUGACGCACAGAUGUGUAGAAGUCACAUUUCUCUGUCCUGUACAUGAAGGUUUUAUACACAGGUUGUUACAUACAUUUCUCCUUUUUGAGCUUGGUUUGACAGCAUCUCAUUUUGAAGUAAAUUUCAUUUUGAAAUUGGGCUGAUUCCCAAUGAAUGAUUUUUGAUUUAAUCCAAUGUUACAGUUACAAAGUGAUGAGGUAUUUCUUUGCUUGCAGUUGAGGGUUUAUAGCUCAAACCAAAUGGGUCACAGUCAUCUGUCUCCAUCAGUUUCCGCUUAGGAAAGAAGAGCAUAUUUGAAAUCUCCACUAAGUUAAGCUUUAGGAAUAUUCAUUGGCUUGUGGAAAAGAUAAUACAGUUUGCCUCAUUGCAAAUCAUUCAACUCUUGAGUGUUGCUGCCCUGGGGGUGACCUGGUGGUGAAAACCUCACUUAACCCUGAUCUAUAUACUCUGUCAGUGUUAAGAGGGUCCUGAGAAAGAUGUUGCCUUAUUGAGAUGAAUGUGAUUCAUGUGCAACCAGAUCAGCGUACUUCUGAAAUACUACUUCUACAUGAUGUGAUUUGUUGAAAAACAAGAGAAAGUCAUUGAUACACCGGGUGGUGUUACUGUUAGGAUUGUGAAUUAGGGUUGAAUUUGAAGCAACAAAAUUGUGAGAUACCAGAGGAUAUAACUGUCCUCAGAUGCCUUCUAUUGGUUAACAAUUAAAAAAAGAGAAUUAUUGGUUGGGUUUUAUAGCAGCAAAUUGUCACAUUUUAAAAACCCAAAUCUAGCAAGCGAUAAUCUUAAAUUACAAUGAUUAUAGCACUAUAGUUUGCGUGAGUCCAUCAUUAAAAUGUCUGUUUUUGUUGUGUGUUUUUUUUUUUUUUACUAGAUUUUACUACAAUAACAAUGAAAAGUGGUUAAAAAAUGUUGCAACAUGAUGUUCUCCCUCUAGAUGGCGUUGGCAAGAAAGUAUAAAGAGCGGGAGGUUCAGCUCCUGUCUAUUCAGCCUAAUUUAUCCGUCUGUGUGAUGGUCAUUUGCUUAAUUGUUACUCAUAUCAGAGCAGUUGAAUGUCUUCAUGUCAUUGUAAAGCUGUCGAUCAAUGCAAACUUAAAAUGCCUGCGUCAUUCUGAACACCUGCCGUGAAACGGUGUCACAUGCAACCGAGGACAAGGGAGAGCCGGAUGAAUGGAUGAACAGAGCAUCGGAGAGAGCGAGAUCCUAAUCUCAUCUGGAUUUUUUUUUUUUUUUACUCCCAACAGUGUUGCAUAAAGCCUUAAUCCAGAGCUGUCUAUCAAAUUUACUCAACUCUUAUCUUCCUUUCCAAUGGCUGCUGCCAUUCACCGCAGCCUUCUUUACAUCCGACUAUAAUGAAGUAGAACAGUGUAUGCAAUAUGUAAUCCAGAUAUCUAGUGUGUGACAUGUGUGCAGUGCAUCAGUGUCUGCAAAAACAGGUUGUAUGCUGAAAACCUCCGACUCACACUCCGUCAGAGGACUUUCUUUUUUUGUGUUCUUUUGAUUUUUUUUUUUGGUUUGCUAUGAUCGCAAUACACAGGAUUCCCUCUUUCCGUGUGAUUCAACAUUCUCUAAAGGGUUGUUGUAUCUAAACUCAUUUAUACCAAAUACACUGAACAUAACAAAGCCUGCA